UUCACGCGCAAGCCGAACAUGUCAAAGAUGACGACGGUGGUGGCAUCGCCCUCGGUCUGACAUACGAUCGACGGGAUUGUGUCGCAUGAUCGAACUCGAGGCGAGCCGCGCGCGCCUCGACAACGAGCUGUCAUCGCGAGUUGUUGACAAUUGAUAUGAGCCGUUCGAAUAACUACAGCAUGGUAUCUCGCAGGUGGUUUCAUCCUAACAUUACGGGUUUAGAGGCGGAACGUUUAUUGAUGGAACGAGGAGUUGACAGUUCGUUUCUAGCACGACCAAGUUCUUCAAAUCCUGGUGACUUUACAUUAUCUGUCAGACGAAAUGGUGAAGUGACUCAUAUUAAAAUAAAAAACGCAGGAGACUUUUACGAUCUUUAUGGCGGUGAAAAGUUUGCCACACUUUCGGAAUUGGUACAGUUUUACAUGGAAAAUGGUGGGCAAUUACGCGAAAAGAAUGGUGAAAUUAUCGAGCUUAGAUUUCCUCUCAAUUGUGCUGAUCCCACAACUGAAAGGUGGUUCCAUGGCCAUUUGUCAGCAAAAGAAGCGGAACGGUUGAUGCUGGAACGUGGAAAGAAUGGAUCUUUCUUGGUACGCGAGUCUCAAAGCAAACCUGGUGAUUUUGUGCUAUCAGUACGCACCGAUGAUCGCGUUACACAUGUUAUGAUACGAUCUCAGGAUAACAAAUAUGACGUUGGUGGUGGUCACAAGUUUGAUAGUCUUAGUGAUUUAAUAGAACAUUAUAAACGAAAUCCAAUGGUUGAAACAAGCGGAAGCGUUGUUCACCUUCGGCAACCAUUUAAUGCAACACGAAUUAAUGCUAGUAGUAUCGAAAGCAGAGUUAGACAAUUACACAAAGAAAAUGGUUGUUCUAAUGGUUGGCUAUGUUGGAAUGGAACUAGUGGAAGCAGUGAGGAUGGAGCAGGCAAGGGAAAAGGAAAAGCUGGUUUUUGGGAAGAAUUUGAGUCAUUGCAGCAACAAGAAUGCCGGCAUAUGUUUUCAAGAAAGGAAGGUUUACGUCCAGAAAAUCGUAGCAAGAAUCGUUAUAAGAACAUUUUACCAUUUGAUCAUACUAGAGUACGAUUAAAAAACGUGGACUCAGAUGUUCCUGGAGCUGAUUAUAUUAAUGCCAACUAUAUAAGGAACAAAGAAGGCGAUGAAACAAACACUACCGUUGAUAGCGGUGGUGAUGAUCCGUUAUUCGGCAAAUGUUACAUAGCUACGCAAGGUUGCCUUCCGAAUACCAUACAAGACUUUUGGCACAUGGUGUAUCAAGAAAAUACUCGAGUGAUUGUUAUGACUACUAAAGAAAUAGAGCGGGGAAAGAAUAAAUGCGCGCGUUACUGGCCGGAAGAAGGAGAAACUGCCGAGUAUGGUAAUGAGUGGAAAGUACGUGCCGUAUCUCGAACUUCGACCGCUGAUUAUACUCUGCGCGAGUUUCUUUUGCAAGGAACCAAACCAGAGUUUUCCGAGUCCAGAAGAAUUUAUCAUUAUCACUUUCAAGCAUGGCCUGAUCACGGUGUUCCAUCAGAUCCUGGUUGCGUGCUAAACUUUUUACACGAUGUAAACGCCAGGCAAGAAUCGAUCGCGGCAUCUUUGGUUCCAAAGGAUCAGGAUGAACCAAGCAUAGGGCCAAUUCUCGUUCAUUGUAGUGCCGGAAUUGGCAGAACGGGCACAUUUAUCGUAAUUGACAUGAUUUUAGAUCAAAUUAAACGUCAUGGACUAGACUGUGAAAUUGAUAUUCAACGCACGGUACAGCGAGUACGUGCGCGAAGAUCAGGAAUGGUCCAGACAGAGGCGCAAUAUAAAUUUGUCUAUCUCGCUGUUUUACAUUACAUUGAGACGGUAUCUCAACGAAUGCAAGCGGAACAGAAAUCUCUUCAGUUAGGUAGAGAAUAUACUAACAUUCGUUAUAAAAGCGAGACGAACGCUUCUACCAAUGCUAUCGUGGGCGAAACCUCCACUUCCACUUGUACGCCAACAAUCCCUCCAACAGCAGCACCUACCUAUAGUUUGAGGCCAAAGAUCUGAAAUUGUAGAAAAAGAAGGGAAAAGUUGUGUCUUCUAGUCUGGGCGCAUGUGCACGCGUCGCAGACAGUAGUUCGUACUGUUCUUUAGGGAACUGAACU